AUGGCCUGGUACCAGGGGAAGCAAUCUGUAGCUUUCGAGUGAUUUUUAUGAUUUUUCGAAAAAAAAAAAUGAAUUUACAGCGGUAGUAACUGCCUUUUUUGGACCGAAAAGUCGUGGAAUGGAAAAAAUUCAACGGGUUUCCCUACAAAAUCGAGUCUUGUUGGGUUAGAAGCUCAUGAAAACUACUGCCGGAAUCCAGAUAAUGAUUUCAAUGGACCUUGGUGUUUCACUGCUGGGAAUAAAACGGUGGGUCUUGAUAUAGUCGAUGUGCCACGAGUGAAAUUUCAUGGAACGACACUCCGCUCGGUGGCCUUGUGGCCGUGAAAAAUCAAUGCCUUUGAUCUCGGUCACGCUUUCCCAUUUUAUAAUUUGCCGUUUUCAAAUGCAUUUUCUUCGAUAAUUCUUUAGUUUUAUGAACUUUUUUACCAGUGCAAUGGAAGAAGAAAGUUUUUCGGAAUGCCAAUAAUUCAACCACGGGAUAAAUAACAGUGAAAAACCUUAUAAUAACUGAAACCGAUCUCUCUAUUCCACAGUGCGUACACGUCUUCAUUUUAUAAGCCACUCACUUUCUGAAAAAAUCCAUUAACCACUGCAACAAACAGAAAAAAACGAUGAAAACAUUAUAACAUGGCUUUAACAAAAACACACUUUUUUUAUCCCUCUUUUCGAGGAAGAUUACGAAAUUUUCUGUGUUCUUUCGUUUACAUUUGUACAGCGCAAUCCUUUUUCAACGAUAACAAUACAUUUUAAAGAAAUAAAAAUAAUUAAAAAAACGAUCAAAAAUUAGAAUUAAAACCAAAAAAAUUAGCGUGGCCGGGGUUGGCAAAUUCGCACGAUGCGCGCUACCGCACAAGUCGAAACACCGAAGUGUCGUUCCAUGAAAGUUCAACUUGUGGCACAUCAACUAUAAUAAUGACUAAUAUUUCUUUAAAUUCCAUUAUUUUUUAAAAGAUCAUUACUAUAUUUCUUUAAAAAUCUGGGGAAAUUUUUAGUGGCCACUAGAGGCUCGCCAAGGACACUAAAGUGGCCACUAGACCCACCUCUAUUAUGGCCACUAUUUAACGUUUUAGUGGCCACUAUAAAGGUUCUCCAUUUAGUGGCCACUUCAGUAGUUUUUCAUCCAGUAACUCUGAUAAUUUUAAAACAAACAGAUUGGACCAGUUAUGAUAAUCCAUUGACCCCUAAAGUGGCCACUUAAAUGUUUAGUGAUCUAGUAGUAGCACUUAGACCUCUAUAGUGGCCACUGAUUUUUAACCCCUUAAGUUGCCACUAAUUUGACUACCAUAGCGGCCACUAAAACGUCAAAACCCUAUAGGGGCCUUAAAAAAAGCUCCUGUGUUGGUUUCUUUCGAAAAAUAAAGUUAUAAAAAUAAAUUUACGAAAAAAGCGAUGAAUUGGGUAAAAAUUUUGAUUGAAUUGCCGCACUGGGAAUGGCUCAAGCGUUUUUUUAUAAUUUAUUUAUUGUCCCGAAUUUUUUUCUGCUGACUUUCGGAGCUUUUUUUAUUGAUUUUUUUGAGUAUUUUUUUGAUAAAAAAACAUGAAUUUUUUUCAAAUUGAAAAAGAGAAAAACAUCAAUUUUAGGUCGUCAAAAAGCCGUGUUUCCUACCUUGCGUCGAAACUUCAUCAAAAGAUUUUUGCCUCUCCAAAAAAGGCUUUCCAUACAAUGAUCGGAACUCUGUUGGUAAGUUAUUAUUUGAAAAAAAAAUUCAAUCUUGCCAAAAAAAGGCAUUUUUGCUACUUUACAAAAUUUUGAGAAUGGCUUGACGAUUUUUCUGCAGAUCUAAGCGACAUAAACUCGGCUCCGGGGGUGAUAGAUGUGAUCAAAGGUGCUCAACCGACAACACUUCCGAGGCGUUUCGUUUUUGAAAAAAGUCUUCACAGAGGGGACCACAAAACGUAAGAGAUUUCACAAAAACUCCAAGUUUUAUUGCUAAAGUCCUAAUCUAUCGCGCAAGUCGUUUUGAGCCGGGCGCAUAAAUCGGCUGGAUCCCAUUCCAAAAUUUAGAGCGCGGGAAAAAAACAUUUGAGGCCGCAAUUCGUUGGGAGAUCCAGCCGACGUAUGAUCGGGCAUUUUUUAAAAAAAGCCAUUCCAAAUGCGACCAAGAGCUUUCAAUUUUGAAAUAAGGUUCAUUCGCCGCGACUUGACACUGUCUGCGUCUCUCUGUUCCCUCGCCGGCGAGGUCAGAGAAACAGGAAAAUAGCACGUCAACAUGAGAGGGCCGCCGAGAGAAGAGGAGGGCGCAGAGAAAGAGGAAGAAGGGUUUUUGCGUGUCUACGCCUCUCUGUUCCCUCACCGCUCAGGAAAAUAGCACAUAAACAUGAGAGAGUCGCCGAGAAACGAGGGGGCAGAGAAGUCCCGAGUCGCGGAAAAUGGACUAUAGAGACUCAUAUAGUCCGUUUUUUCGCGACUUGUCUGCGUCCUCCUUAUCUCUCGACGACUCUCUCCUGUUCAUGUGCUAUCUUCCUGUUUCUCUGACCUCGCCGGCGAGAGAGCAGAGAGACGCAGACACGAAAAAAAACACUUUCCUUUUUCUCUGCGCCCUCCUUAUCUCUCGCCGACCCUCUCAUAAUUACGUGCUAUUUUCCUGUUUCUGCCGGUGAGAAAACAGAGACGCAGACACGUAAAAACACUCUUUCCUCUUUCUCUGCACCCUCUUCAUCUCUCGACGACCCUCUCAUUUUGACGCGCUAUUUCCAUGUUUCUCUGACCUCGCUGGUGAGGGAACAGAGAGACGCAGGCAGUGUCAAGUCGCGGCGAAGGGACUAUAUAGCCUUUUCAAAGCAAAAUGAAACUUUUUUGUCCUCAAAAAUUGAAAAAAAUGAUUGAAGAUGCAACCAAUGGGGAGAACAAGCCGAAUAUUUCGGGCCCUGGAUUUCUGUGAUGGAUAAUGUUGCCAAAAAGUCGAUUCGGAAAAGCGGGCGAUCGUGAGUUUCUACUUGAUUUUUUGUGCCAGUCAAAAAUCCCAGAUCCUUCCUGACCAUUUGUCGGGAUCACAAACUGGGAGAAGGAAAUCAUCUUUAUUUUGACGACGAAAGCGCCGACUCCUGUUCUUUCUGGCGACAAUGCUAUACGGCUUGUCAAGACGAUCAUCUCGUGUUUUUUAAUAUUUUAAAUCCUCGCUUGGGUUAUUAAAGGAGCAUGGUAUAGUUUCAAAAAAAGAUCUCGAGGCGAAGAACCGUUUGAUUGUUUUUUGAACCUUUACGGCAAGAUUUUCACAUAGGCAAAGUCGGAAGGGUCGAAAAAGGCUCCAUAAAAAUGUUUCAUUUUGCUGUCUUUUUGCACCAUUUCAUCGGCUGUUAUGCACCAUUUUUGCUGCCUUUCCCUUUUUCGACCAUUCCUUGAGCCUUUAAAAUCUCAGAAAAAAUGGAAGGCUCGAUAAAAGGACCCUUUUUGCAGCCUUUUUGCAGCCUUUCUGCGGCCUUUUUGAAGCCUUUUUGCUGCCUUUUUGCAGCCUUUCUGCGGCCUUUUUGCGGCCUUUUUGCAGCCUUUUCGCUGCCUUUUUGCAGCCUUUUUUUGCAGCCUUUCUGCGGCCUUUUUGCAGCCUUUCUGCGGCCUUUUUGCGGCCUUUCUGCAGCCUUUUUGCUGCCUUUUCGCUGCCUUUCUUCGACUUUUUUGCGACUUUUUGCGGACCUUUUGCGACUCUUUUGAAGCCUUUUUCAAACCUACAUUUUUAGCGGCCAUUAUUCACCAUUCCGACUUUGCCAGUUAGGUCUCUAGAAACCCAAGCGAAGAUUUCUCGUACAAAAAUAAAAAUUUAUGCAAAAAAAGAAAAUAAUAUUAAGAUGCUGGCCAAAUCUCACCAAUUUUUCGUUAUUUUGGGGGCAAAAAUCAGAAUUUUUGAUUCGAAGGAGUGUCUUCCGUGGUCUGAGGUAAAGAGAGGAUUUUUCUUCUUAUCAAAAUAAUUUUCGAAGCCAAAAGGAAUCACUAGAAAAAAAAAAUGAGAGGAGAAAAUUGAGCCAGGAAAUUUCAGAAAAGCACUGGCGCUCUACGGAUAAAAAUGCACUAGAAGUUUGAAUUUUGAAAUUUUGGGAAAUUGAGCCGGAAAAAUUCGGAGAAGAACCCGCGCUCUACGGAUAAAAAUGCAUUAGAACUAAAUUUUGAAAUUUUGGAAAAUUGAGCCGAAAAAUUCGGGGAAGAACCCGCGCUCUACGGAUAAAAAUGCGCUAGGAUUUUAAAUUUGAAAAUUUUGGACGGUUUUUCAAAAAAAAAACUGUUUUGUGUGUUUAACUAAUUGAAGAUUAGAAACAAGGGUUAUGAAAAAAAGGAAAAAAUUCAUUUCAAACCUUUAAAUUCAAUUUUUGAUGCUUUGUCCGUGGAGCACAUUUGUGCAUCUUAAUAAUGCCAAAAAUCUGGAAAAAUUUAUUCUGUGUGUGCUCUUUAUGAAUUGCAAUGCUCAGUUUGAUGCAAGAAAAAAAUCAUUCUGGUUAGAAAUAUUAGAUUUUUUUAUCAAGCUGAUUUUUUUGUUAUCACUCGAAGAAAUUGGUGCUCUUUUUUUUUCGAAACUUUGUCAUCGGUUUUUUUUAAAACGAAAAAAAAAACCUAAUCUCAAAAUCAGAUUUCAGGCUAUGGCUCACAUCUUUUCCCUAUCUGCGAUCAUCGAUUGGGGAUCUGCUUUUCUGACCCAAAAUGAACAACUCAGAAGAGCUCAAAUGCAAUUGCGCCCUGAUGAUAAAAUUGCUCGGGCCGUAUUUUAUUUCGUUCAUUUAUUCGCACAGAAAGACGAUUCUAACAAUUUUACGAAUCAUUUCGUCGAUUCCCGGUUGUUUUUGAAUACUGGGUAAUUUUUUCUUCGACUUUUUUGCUGUCUGACUCGUCCGCGCCCUCCUAUCUCUCAUCGAUAAGACAUAAGAGGGCGCAGAGAAGUCAAACAUUUGGCGAUUUCUUGAAAAUGGGUCAGAAUUGAGAUUUUCUGCUCAAUUUUUAAGCGAGAUUGGCUCAAAAACUCUAAAAAAUUGACAAAAAAAGAGGCCUCUUUUCCGACUCGAAACGGAAUUGCUCCGGACGUUUCUGGGCAUUUCUAGUGACCACUUUAGUAGCGUCAGAACUCUUAAGUGACCCCUAAAAUCGCCCAGAAACGUCCGGAGCACGUCCGUUUCGCGUUACCAAUGUCCGAGGACCUCUCCGAUUUCAAAUUAUUGAAAGAUGAUUUUCUAAUGAUUUUAAGUCACAUUACAGAAGUAGUGGAAAUUCAAGGUCAAAAAGUUGAGCGAAAUGAGAUUUUAUCUUCUUUUUGCUGUGUCAAAAAUGCAUGCUGGAAAAAGUCGCGAAAUUGGUGGUUUGGAAAAACUAGGCCACGCCGGAAUUCGGUUUGGAAAAACUAGGCCACGGCACAAUUUUUUUCUCCAUUUUUUUUCUUAUCUGAAUUUGUUUUUUUUUCAGUUUUGAAAAGGUUUCCGCUGUUUUUUCAACUCCAUCGUUCUCGUGAGCAAAAUACGAUGGUUACUACAAAAUUACGGCGUGGCCUAGUUUUCCAAACCGACGACCGACUUUUCCAACAUGUCCAAAAAACAACUUUCAAUCACCAAAAAAUGGCAUGCUGGAAAAGUUGGUCGGUUUGGAAAACUAGGCCACGCCGAGAAUUUGCAAUUUUCAUCAAAACUUGGAAUCAGUUUAUUACUUUCUAAUGCAGCGACGUGGCCUAGUUUUCCAAACCGACCGACUUUCCAGCAUGCCGAAAUAUUGCCUUUCUGCUCUAUCAAAAACAACUUUCAAUCAUCAAAAAUGGCAUGCUGGAAAAAUCGGUCGGUUUGGAAAACUAGGCCACGACGAAAGUUUGCAAUUUUCAAAAAUUGGAAUCAGUUUUUCACUUUUUAGUGUAGUAACCAUCCUAUGUUGCUCGCGAGAACAGUAGAUUUGAAUGAAAAAAGCGAAAAGUAUGGAAUUUGAAGUGUUCCAUGGAGCACCAUUGUGGCGUGGCCUAGUUUUCCAAACCGGCCGAAUUUUCCAAAUUUUCCUCAAAAAAUGAUUUUUUUUUUUCAGAAAUCGAUGCACUGAUCUAAAACCGUUAUUAAACUUGAAUUCAAGCAUCGAAGAGCGCUUUAAAGCGUUUGAGGUUCAUUUUUUGAUAUUUUCGUCGGAAAUUAAAUGAUUUCAAGUUCACAAAUUAUUCGAUGGAAUCUGAAGAAAAUUGGAAAAGAAUGCUUCACGAAAUGGUCCGAGGACCGGGAUGUUUCACCUUUGAUAAGGUGAUUUUACUGAGAGACGAAAGAUUGAUCCCUAUAGGGGUUUAAGUUCUGAACCCGGCGCCCCUCAAGCUUAAGUGGUCCCUAUAGGGAUUUAUGGUCUGAUCCUGACGCCACUGAAGCUUAAGUGGCCCCUAUAGGUCCUUAGGGUCUUAUCCAAACGCCCCUCAAGCUUAAGUGGUCCCUAUAGGGUUUUAGGGUCUCAUCCCAACGCCCCUAAAGCUUAAGUGGCCCCUAUAGGGGUGAGGGUCUGAACCCGACGCCCCUCAAGCACAAGGGGUUCCUAUAGGGGUUUAAGGUCUGAUCCUGACGCCCCUGAAGCUUGAGUGAUCCCUAUAGGGGUUUAGGAUUCGACCCGACGCGCCUUAAGCCUAAGUGGUCCCUUUAGGGGUUUAGGGACUGAUCAUGGCGCCCCUGAAGCUUAAGUGGUCUCUUUAGAGUUUUUUAUUAUUUUUUUCAGAGUUGAAAAUUAAAAAUACGUUCAAUGACCCAAGACUAAUUCACCCUCUGUUGAUGCUUGUUCAUUCAAAAAACGCAAACUAACGCUGGGUGAAGUGGUCCCUAAAGGGUAAAGCUUCAAGGGCCCCUCAAAGGGACCACUCUGGAGUUACAAAGCCGUCCUUUCUUUGCAAAAGAGGAUAUAUAGAUUUUUAGAGCCAAAAAAUCCAAUACAAGCCCUGCUUCCAAGGCUGCAACGCCUCUUUUCCGGACCCAAUUGAACCUUUCAUGAAAUUGUGCGAUUCUAAUGGGAAAACUGGCGUUUGUUCUGAGGUACUGAUUUUUCUUUUAUUGAUUUCGGCCAAAAAUAUCAUUUUUUCUUCAUUUUUUUUUGUCUUUUUUUGUGUCAAAGUCUUUUCGACGCGUUUAGGAGCUGCUCCUUUAACUAAUGGCGCGAUUUUUUUGAUAUAUUCGCGUUAUAAUCUUAAUUUCACUACUUUUUUUAUGGCAAAUCGGUUCAUGAGAACGAAAAAAAGAGCUCAAAAACCCAAAAAAAGCGUUAGGAUUGGGCAAAAAAAUGGCUUUUUUUAAAAUGAAAAAAACUUCUUUUUUUAUAAGUUACAUGUUUUGUCAUACUUUUUCAUUAAUUUUGCUUCCAAUAAGACCGAAAAAAAUAAAUAAAAACAGCAAAAAAAUAAAGAAAAAAAUUUGAAGGCGCAUAGCUUCGACGAAAAAAAGGUUUCAAUCGAAAUCACAAUUUUCUCCUAGAAACUAGCUAUGAACUAACUAUACCAAUUUUUGUUCAACAAAGAAAUUUGAGUGAUAAAAUCGAAAAAUCACUUUUAAAAGUCCGAAAAAGGGCUCAAAUUUAAAGGCGCAUGACCUUCCGGCCAAAAAUUCUUUUAAAGCGAAAUCGAGCUUAUUCCGAACUUUUUACCCUCAGGAGUCGCUCUACUAUACCAAUUUUUUUAUCUAACAAAGAAAUUUGACUGAUAAAUAUGAAAAAAACUAAUUUUAAAAUUUCGAAAAAAAGCUAAAAAUUUAAAGGCGCAUGGGCUUUGCCUAAAAACAAAUCUCGACGCGAAAUCGGGUUAUUUGCGCUUUUGAGACCAGCCAAGGUCUUACUAAUCUGAAAACUUUAAGAAAUUUUUUUUUAGAUAAAAGAAACGGGAGAUUUCCACCGGGGAAGAGAAGAAGCUGGGAAAUCCAACAUUUUGGAUUUUGGCCGAGAAAUUUCUUUAUUUCUGGUUUUAUUGGCGCUUUUCGUGAUAAAUUUGGCAAUACGUGAGUUGGUGUUUUAUUUUGAGAUUUUGAAAAGACGUUUUUCAGUUUUGGCCCUGAAAGCUAUGCUUUGA